AUGUUGUGGCCGUCUCCUUCUCGUGACCGCGCACGUUGAAACAGAAGCGUGGCGAGGUUAGCGUGUCGGGAGCGCGCAGCGGAGGCUUGCUGACGUCACCGAAGCGCCCUGGCUGGCUCUUGUGAGAAGAAAAAAAACGAACAAAAAAAGAUGGCAAAAUCUGAUAGACAACUGUCGAGCUACUAGCAUCUAAAAUCACGGCGUUUUGCCGUCGAAUGCCCAUUGUGUCAGCGUUAGGGAAGCGCUGCUGAUUUUGGAUGCUAGCAGAGGAAGAAAGCUAGUUUAUUGCAGAGGUUCUCACCACUGGCUAUUGUGUUGUUAGUAGCGAGGAAAAAAAGAAGAAGAAGAAGCAGAAGCAGCGAGCACCUACACGGAUCACACCGGCCUCCAUAUGUCACAGUGAACGCGCGUUGACGGGAAUGACAGAUCAGCGUCACAUUUAGCAUCGGCUCCUGUCGGAAACGGGACGUCUGCUUAUGCCGCCUGUCGGUCGACGUGGAGAGACUUCUUCAAUCAUGAACAUUGUGCCUUUGGCCUUCAGCUGAGCAACACCAAUCCCAAGCGCAAAGCUGCGUGAUUAUUAGCAGACGCGAGGAAACCAAGCCCACUUUUGCUGCUAGCCUUGAGUCCUCUGUUCAGGAGAACAUGUAUGGUAGCGCUCGCUCUGUUGGCAGAGGCGAUGCCAACCACAGCGGCGGGAGGGAUGCAGGCGGGGGUGGAAAUCAGGGAUCCGGUCGCUCCCCUCGCCUCCCUCGCUCCCCCCGCAUGGGUCACCGUCGCACCAACAGCACCGGCGGCAGCGGAGGAGGUCCCGGAGGCCCGGGAGGCAAGACGCUCUCCAUGGAGAACAUCCAGUCUCUCAACGCGGCGUACGCCACCUCAGGACCGAUGUACCUGAGCGACAAUGAGGUGGCCGUGGGGGAGCACGUCCCCAAAAGCGGAGGCGUGGCAAUGACCACCAUGGGACGGCAGCGAGUGACCUACGGAUCGAGGAGCGGCGGCGGAAGCGGCGUGGUGGCGGCGAGCACGCCCAACAUCUCCGCCUCGGUGCCUUCGAGCGCGGUGCUUCCCGUGGGCCUGAUGGCGGGGGACGCUUUGGCUUUUGGAGACCACCACAUGGCCUCCACGGUACCCCAUUCUUUAAGGCAGGCAAGGGACAACACCAUACUCGACCUUCAGGCCCAACUCAAAGAGGUUCUGCGAGAAAACGAGUUGUUGCGGCGGGAAGUGGAAGUCAAAGAGAGCAAGCUGAGCUCGUCCAUGAAUUCCAUUAAGACAUUUUGGAGCCCGGAGCUGAAAAAGGAGCGGGCACUCCGCAAAGAUGAGGUGUCGAAGAUCUCCGUGUGGAAGGAACAAUACCGUGUGAUUCAAGACGAAGCUCAGCAUCUCCAGAUGACCGUGCAGGCGCUCCAGGAUGAGCUGAGGAUCCAGAGGGACCUGAACCAGCUGCUCCAGCAAGACCCCGCCGGCCAAGGCCGGGACCUGGCCCUGGCGUCGGAACCGACAGAGGAGAACUUCAGACGGCUCCAUUGCGAGCACGACCGGCAGGCCAAGGAGCUCUUUCUCCUCAGAAAAACUUUGGAGGAGAUGGAGCUGAGGAUUGACACGCAGAAGCAAACCCUGGGGGCCCGUGACGAAUCCAUCAAGAAACUCCUAGAGAUGUUGCAAAGCAGAGGUCCAUCUGCUAAGGCAUCAGAGGAGGACCAGGAGCGCACCAGGAGGCUGGCGGACGCAGAGAUGCACCGGCAUCACCUUGAAAGUUUACUGGAUCAGCGAGACAGAGAGACAACCGCAUUGAGAGAAGAGCUGCAUCGCAGAUAUGAGGGAACACCAGAGUCCACCAAAACUAAGGCUUUACAGACGGUCAUCGACAUGAAGGAUGCGAAGAUCAACUCGAUGGAACGCAGCCUGAGGGACAUGGAGGAGGAGCUGCUCAUGAUGAAGUCGAACGGACUUCUGAGCUGUGAGGAGCGUCAGGAGGAGAUGAAGCAGAUGGAGGUCUACCGCAGCCACACCAAGUUCAUGAAGAACAAGAUGGAGCAGGUGAAGCAGGACCUCUCCAGGAAGGACACUGAGCUGCUGGGCCUGCAGACCAAGCUGGAGACGCUCACCAACCAGUUUUCAGACAGCAAACAGCACAUUGAAGUCCUCAAGGAGUCCCUUACGGCCAAGGAGCAGAGAGCUGCCAUUUUACAGACAGAGGUGGAUGCCUUGCGUCUGCGCUUGGAAGAGAAAGAGGCCACUCUGAAUAAGAAGAGCAAGCAGAUCCAAGAAGUGUCCGAAGAGAAGGGCACGCUCAGUGGAGAGAUCCACGACCUCAAGGACAUGCUUGAAGUGAAGGAGCGCAAAGUCAACGUGCUCCAGAAGAAGAUUGAGAACCUGCAGGAGCAGCUUAGGGACAAGGAGAAGCAGAUGAGCAGCCUGAAGGAGAGAGUGAAGUCUUUGCAGGCCGACACUUCCAACACGGACACUGCUCUCACAACGCUGGAGGAGUCUCUUGCUGAAAAGGAGCGCAUCAUCGAACGACUGAAGGAGCAGCGAGACCGAGACGACCGAGAGAAGACGGAGGAGCUGGAGUGCACCAAGAAGGAGCUGAAGGAGCUGAAGGAGCGGUUGACCUUACUGCAGGGAGACCUGUCAGACAGAGAGACGUCUCUGCUGGACCUGAAGGAGCACGCGUCAUCGCUGGCCUCCUCUGGCCUGAAGAAGGACUCCAAACUCAAGAGUCUGGAAAUUGCCCUUGAGCAGAAGCGGGAGGAGUGUCUCAAACUGGAUAACCACCUCAAGAGAGCUCAGAAUGCAGCUCUGGAGGCUCAGGCCAACACCGAGCUGGCGGAGCGCAUUAAGAGCCUGCAACAGGAAGUGGUCCGCCACAAAGAGGAUUCUGGGAAGGCGCAAGCCGAGGUGGACCGCCUCCUGGAGAUCCUGCGGGAAAUGGAAAAUGAGAAAAAUGACAAAGACAAGAAGAUCAACGAGCUGGAGGGGCAAAUGAAAGACCAGACAAAGAAGGUCGCAUCGCUGAAGCACAAGGAGCAGGUGGAGAAAAGUAAGAAUGCUCGGCUGAUGGAAGAGGCCCAGAAGCGCGAGGACAACAUGUCUGAGAGCUCCUCGCUGGUGAAGGACUCUUUGCGUCAGAGGUCGGAGCGCAUCGAGGAGCUGGAGGAGGCGCUGAGAGAGAGCGUGCGGAUCACCGCCGAGCGAGAGAUGGUGCUCGCCCAAGAGGAGGCUGCCAGGUCUCUGCAGGAGAAACAGAUGGAGGAGCUGCUAGGGGCCAUGGAGAAGGUGAAGCAGGAGCUGGAGUCCAUGCGGGCCAAGCUGUCGUCCACCCAGCAGUCUCUGUGCGAGAAGGAGGCCCACCUCACCACACUGCGAGCCGAGCGCAGGAAGCACCUCGAGGAGGUGCUGGAGAUGAAGCAGGAGGCGCUGCUGGCUGCCAUCAGCGAGAAGGACGCGAACAUCGCCCUGCUGGAGUUGUCGUCCUCCAAGAAGAAGAAGACCCAGGAUGAAGUGUCUUUGUUGAAGCGAGAGAAAGAUCGACUGGUGCAACAGCUCAAGCAGCAGACUCAGAACCGCAUGAAGCUGAUGGCGGACAACUACGAGGACGAACACCUGCAGACGGCCCCCGACCAGACAAACCACAAGCCCUCCCCGGACCAGAUGAUAACCCCUGUUGUAGCCCUGUGCCAGAACCGCAGCAAGCUCAAGCUCUACAUCGCCCACCUGACCGACCUCUGCCACGACCGCGACCCGAGCAUCCUCGGCCGGCUCACGCCGCCCGCCCACUACCGCCGCGGCGACCCGGACGAUUGGGAGGAGGAGCUCCCGAAGAUGACGGCCGAACAGUUGGAGAAGGAGCUUGAGCUGUGCGAGAAGGAAAGCGCCGACCUGCAGGAGUACGCCAACUGUGUCCUGCAGCAGAUCGCCGACCGCUGCCCUGACAUCUUGGAGCAGGUCGUCAACGCGCUGGAGGAAUCGUGCUGACCCCGCGGGAGCGGCUCGGAGGUGCUCGCGUUUCACCUCCCGCCUUUACGAGGCCAAACCCACCAAAACUCCCCUGAGACUGCUUUCCUGUCCCAUUUCCGCACCUUCAUGUGUUAAGACACAAGUGGGGGGGAAAAAAAAACCAGCCCAAUAUUUUACAUAACACAACAUGAUUGCGCAAUUUGAACUUCGAGGGUCAAACACAUUUCAUUUUUCUCCAGCGCUUGACUUCUUUCGCGUCGCAGGUAACCGGAGCACGUCCCGGAUUGGACUUUGGAGUGCACCAUUUAGACAAACACCCGCAGUCACGCCUACGGACAAUUGAGUCUUUCAAGAAUAGCAAGAUUAGAUGAUGAAAAGCCACUAAAGGGAGUAGGAAGGACUGCCCCGACAAAUACUUCGCUCUCCAAGUACCACCGUAAUGAGCGACGUUAACCUAGCUUAGUCGCGUAAGUCAUUUUAAACUUAGUGAUCCCAAAUCAAUAAAUACAAAAUCAUGUACUUGCUAGAAAUAUGACGAAAUAAAGUAAUGUCGUGGGUCAGGUGGUAGGUUUUAUUCCUAAAAUGUAGUUUUCAUAUUAUUGUUCCUGUAACUUGUGCACAAUUUGAACAUUCAAUGUUGAAAAAAAUGUGCGCUUCCACGAAGAUUCAAUGCAAAUGUUUCCUGCGUAAAAGUUGAAAUGUAAACCAAGCUCUGUGACAUUAUGCGCACUUUGAACAUUUCAUUCAGUCAUUCGUUUUUGUGCCACACUUUAAGAAUGGCCGGUCCGAGUGUUGCAACAAUCAACCCAAAAGAGUUCUCACUCACAAGGGCAAUUCAAAGUCAAACUUUCACAGCGCAUUUCCCGCAAAGUUGUGGCCCAAUUCAAAAUCUCCGCUGUCUUGAGAUCUCAUACUUGAGCACAAAGUCUGAAAGUUUACUGAAUGGCGGCACGCACGGUGGAGUCGAGCACAUUUCUGGGACCGUUACGCAUCUAUUAAGCUUUUGUUUUCCAAAUUGUAUUUUUGGAAUGAAAAGGGCUCGAUCGGUUGUUCACGCGGGACAGGAAAGCACUCCUGCGGGCUGCUGGCGAACCGUGGGAGUCAGAAUUCCGCCGGUGGGAAAAUCAUUCCAUCCGUGAGCUGCGGCUCGUUCGGAUCGGAUCCGCCGGGACUCGUCCGGCUCAGGGGCAUGCCGUCCUUUUCGAGGAGACAUAUUAUGCUUUUUUUGUUUUUUUUCCUCUCCACAAUUGAAAAGGGGUCUUCAUCGAAGCUCGCUGACAUUCUUCGACUUUUGUUAAGAUGAUGACCACAGCGGCAGUUGAGCACGCGGGGAAGCAAGCGGCUAUACGGCGACGCUUCGAGAUGCGAGUUUAAAAAAAAAAAAAAAAAAAAAAAAGUCCUGACACUUGUAUUUCAAAUCCUCUUUCCCCUUUGAAAUGAAUGCAAAUCCCUUGAAUCCAUUCCAGCCUCCCAAGCAAAUUCAACAAAAAGGUUUCCAUCCAUCCAUUUUCUUUACCGCUUAUCCUCACUAGUGCGACAAUGAAAACUUUGUAAAACCAAACAGUAAAUGUAUGACGCAAUGAAAUUUAAAGAAAUGAGACAGUGUUUGCCACAUUUUUAGCUUUGAUUCAAUGGACAUUGUGCUGCUCCUCCUGGUGUGUGUGUGCCACCUGGUGGCAGUAUAAUACAGAUAUACAAUACUGUGCAUGGAGGCAGUCUCAACUCUUCUGUAAGCUGCAGUAAUAUUAGUUGAUGUCUUCACAUUCACUUGUAUUAUCUGAUUGUGUCACCAUGUUUUUGUCGGUGGCAUUUUUCAGAGCUGGAACCGAUUGAGGGCAUUUGCCUUCAUUUCACUGGGGAAAUUAGAUUUUAGAUACCAGUCAAUUGCGUUUCGAGCUUGGUCACAAAACAAAUUCAACUCAUAAGUCAAGGUUCCACUGUGUUUCUAUACAAGACAUUAAAUCGUCAAUUUUCAUAAUAUGUCCCCUUCAAUGUAAGGAUGAGCGAGAGGGAGAGAGAGAGAGAGAGAGAGAGAGAGAGACAAUUCAAGCAUUUUGAAUUUAUUUUGUCAGUGGUUUUGCACAUGGCGUCCACUUGUUAUGUGGUAUGCAAUGUUUCUUUGGAGAACGUUCUAGUGGCCUUGGAGCAUGCGAGGGACGGGGGGAGUCGGUUGCAGACCUAGCCUACGGAUGUGUGUUCCUCUGUGCUAUUGGUGCUAUCAAGGCUUGAUGUAAGAAUUUGUCUCCGUUGUCCGUUGUGCAUCAAUCCAAAGUUCCUGUUCGAAGUCCCACAAUGACCAAUGUUCAGUUGGACAAAAUCAAAACAAAAAAAGCAAGCAACGGCUCCCUACUUUUUUUUUUUUUUGUGAUUUGAUUUUCCAGUGAUCUCUUCAGGGCUCUUUCAAUUAGACUUUUUAAGAUCCGUUUGUAAAUAACGUGAUAUUUUACACGUGCCGUGACUGAAUUGAGGUAAUUAAGUGGGCCGUGUCGUGUGUUCUUUUUGGAGACUUUAAAAAGCAGUGCUGUUGUCUACUUUUGUCACAAAGACAAAACGUGUGUGAGUACUGCUGACUUAAGUAUGGAGAAUCUUCUACAGAAAUAUAUGACUAUAAAUGCAUAGAUAUGUAUAAAUGUUACCUGUAUGGCUAUACAUUGAAUGUCUGCACAGAAUCCCGAUGAGCGAACGGCUCCCGACAGAAAGUGACUUGGGGUCGCCGGGGAAAAGAACAUUCGAAACGUUUCCAAACCGCGUGAUUGUUUGAUGGGGAGAGAGUACUUUUUGUGUUUUUGUUUUGAAUCUUUCAUGCUGAUUGUCGCUGAGCUCCGUGUAAGCCUGACAUUAGUGUCAAGCUCUUCAGUUCAAAGUCCCGACACCCCCCGAAAGGGGGCAGUUUGGACUUCAAACCAAACCGUUGUGUACGUUUUGCUUUUUUUUCUAGGGCUGCAUUGAUUCAUUGAAUAACGUGAGUCAUUUGUUUUCCAAAAAAGGGCAAAGCUAAAAUCUCUGCCUUGAAGCGUCGCACACGCGCUGCCGAUGGCCAAAGGUCACCCCGAGUCACUCAACGUGGACUGGCUCAUGAGCGAGGCACCUAACAGCCCGCCAACUUGACGCUCUGCACCUCACAUGCAGGUUAUUCUUUCAUAAUACAAAAUCCAUUUUUGGCCGAUUACCCUAUUAAUCGUUGGGAUCAUUUGUUGAAUACUUGAUUCAAAAAAUAUUCCGUGGCUGCAGCCCUGCACAGAAGGGUACAAAGUGAUGGGAAAAAACAUAACCAGAAAUGGAAUUUCGGUUCUGUGAACAGCUUCCAAUUAAAAUAUGUCAGGCAUCUUCAAUGAGUGGUUUGACGUCAUUGUUGUUCUCCCCCCCGCCCACUGUGACAGAAUGUUAGUGAAAACAUUGCCCGCUGAGUUCCUGGAAUAAUAGUUGUUUAAUGAGAAGUCUGCUAUAGACUUUCUUCUGUGGAAAUGACAAGUUCACUGUUGGACUUUGGACGUUCCGCUGUACUGUACCGUGUGGCAGGCCCGGGAAGAAAAUGCGUCUCCAUUCAACUACUUGUGUGUGCUUCAUGAAUCGGAAGGUGGACUCCCCACCACAGUGACCAAGUGUGUGUGUCCUUGCAUUUGCCUUAAUGUCUCAUCUCGUCUGUUGAGGAAUUCAAGUGACUUUAUUUUUCAAUUUUAUAUUAUUACUCAUAGGAAUUCCUUUCUUUUUGGCAUUUGUAGAAUAAAUGUGUUCUACUUUGGAUUUGUUGAUUUGCUCAAAAGAAAACCCGGCCAUGUUUGUGAAUUGUUUGGAUUUUGUAUGUAUGUAUAUAAAUAAAUUAUAAGCCUUG